UGUUUUCACAGCAGUUUCCUGGUAUUCCCGGCGUACAGCUACUUUAGCAGCUUAACGUAUAUUUAUCUGGAAUUUUUGUUGAGCACUGGGCAUUCAGUUCUUUUAGUUCUCAACCAAGCAAUAAAUACAUUUUGAAGAAUGAUGCGAGCAGGAGGGAUCUUAAAAUUGGCAGCACUUGUAUCUGCCUUCCUAUUGGCAGUAUUUCUGGCCUUUCAGCUACUGGAAAUUAACUUCGAUUUCAGCUUUGUGAAAUCUAGAGGCUCAGACACAUUUACAAGGCCAACACGUUACAAAUGUGGCCUUUCCAAGCCCUGUCCGGCAGACCAUUUUUCCUUUAAAAUGACCAGUGGAGCAGCCAGUAUAGUUGGUCCCAAAAUCUGCUUGGAUGAUCGUAUAUUGAUAAGUGGGGUGAAGAACAAUGUGGGAAGAGGUUUGAACAUUGCCUUAAUUAAUGGAAAGACUGGCCAACUUAUCCAAACUGAGUCCUUUGACAUGUGGAGUGGUGAGGUUGCACCACUUAUCCAAUUUCUGAAGGCCAUUGAGGAUGGAACAGUCGUCAUGAUGGCUACUUUUGAUGACUCUUCUACUAAACUUAAUCCUGAAGCAAGAAAACUAAUAUCAUCAUUGGGAAGCUCCUAUAUUAACGAAUUGGCUUUCAGGGACAACUGGGUCUUCGUUGGAGGAAAGGGGAUCAAAACAAAGAGUCCUUUUGAGCAGGCAUUCUGAUGGAAACCUGUUUACCCGCCGAGGUUAAGGAUUAAAGUCGAGACUGCCGUGACAACUAUGCUGCUCCUGCCGGAUGUGACGGGUCAGGGUUUUUUUCCCCAACCUUGACAAAGAGACCACUGCUGCACAUGUUUUAUACUUACCGGCAAUUGUCUGUACAGUUGUCUUCUUUUAAGUGAUCUUUUGAGUUUGUCUUAUACAUUUCUAUAAUCAAAUUUAUGACCUCAGUACAGAAUUUGGAAUUCUGUAAAACUUUCUCAUCAUAAUGUUUGUGGCUCAGUCUAGGAUGUAGCCAAACUAGCCUGGUUUGUUUUAGCAUAAAUUAAUAGUAACUGAUUCUAACCCAAUAAUGAGGAAUUUUAGGCCAGGCCCUAAAAUUAAACAACAUUACAGAAAUGUACACACCCACCAUAAAAUCAAUUAUCCUAAGGUGCUGUUUUGUUUUUGACUCAGGCCUUUUCCUUAUUAAUAAAACCCACAAUAAACCGAGAAAAUGAACUCCGAACAUUCUUAUCAUGUGCAGAUUUGACUUUAACUGCACUGUAGGCAAGUACUACAUGACUGGUGCCCAUGGGCCAAUCUAGAAAAAUACUCCUUUAUUGGUACUGCUAAUGAGCUAUACUUAAUAGUAUAUUUUGUACAGAGGGUACACUAUAUGGUUAAAAGUAUGUGGCUACAAACUUGUGCCCCUGUACACAAAGCACCAUAAAGGCAUGCUUUGACAAGUUUGAUAUGGAGGAGUCCUAAACUUGGUUGGAUCACAGACUGUGAUGGUCCAAAAUCUCCACCAGGCUUUGGUGGGGUUUGCACAUACUUUUGUACAUGUAAUGUAUCAACUGAACUAAAUAUGACCUUUAAUCGUACUUUAGUAAAAGGGUAUAGUUAUAAUAGCUGUUUCACUUACUCCACGUUAACACUUGGACUAGAUCACCUCACACAGCUAAAGGUAGGGUGAGAAAACUGAUCUUUACACUCUAACGCAAAGUAAAAUUCAUUCUCAGGUUAACAGAUUUAUUUCAUUUCUGAUAUUGAA